GUUUUCACACAUAUUUCAGCUCUAUUCUAAUCCAUUCUUUUACCAAUUUUAGAUAUAUUCCUACUUAGUUCUAAAGCUGGUGGUGUAGGUUUGAACUUAAUAGGAGCAUCACGCAUUCUUUUAUAUGACAUUGACUGGAACCCUGCAAAUGAUCUUCAGGCAAUGUCACGCAUUUGGAGAGAUGGUCAGAAGCAUUCUGUUUAUGUUUAUAGAUUACUUACAACAGGUACAAUUGAAGAAAAAAUUUAUCAAAGGCAGGUAUCUAAGCAGUGUUUGAGUGGGACUGUUCUUAAUCCAUCAUCUGCAGAAAAAUUUAAAUUUUCUCAAAAUGAGUUAAAGGAUUUAUUUACUCUUUAUGAAAACACAGAAUGUCUAACUCAUGACCUCAUCAAAUGUCAGUGUUUGAUUUCUGAUCAAUCUACUUUAUUGACUGAAAGGAAUAUAGAAGAUAAUCUCACCAGUUUGCAAUUGGCACAGAAUGCUAGCAUGGCUGAGUUGAUGAACUGGAAGCAUAUUAAAGGGCCAUUAUCAAAUGAAAAUAUAAUUUACCAAGGAUGAAUUCUUGAAACAGUAUGUGUGUGUGGGUUAUAAGCACCAUCUGAAAGCAAACCAUGUAAUUGUAAUCACAUUUAGCAUGUUAUAAGGUUUUGUAUCGUCCUAUAUGUAUUUUUAUGAUGGCUUUACAAAUUUCAUUUGUUAAUUUUUCUUAAAAAAAUAUUUUGAUUAUUUGAGUUAGGCUUUCCUGUAGAAUAAUUAGUUUACUGGGUUUCAUGAAAACAUAUUCUGAGGAGGUUUUCCAUUUCAGGCAUCAUAAUAUUUCUUAAAUUAUUUUCUAACAUCAAAAGUGUAUUUUGCAAUAAGUGACAAGAUAUUCUGUCACACCAUUGAAAUCAUGCAGUACUAUAUGAGAUAAAUGAAAAGUUAUGAACAUAGCCAAUAAUUAUUUCUCUUCUCUCAGGUAUCAAAUUUGAAUUCAAAAAUAAAAUUCUGAAAUGUUGCCAUGAUUUCUUCAAUUUUCUUUUUCCUUUCUGAGAUUUUUCUUUUGUACCAGAUUUCAAAUUUUGAAAUUAAUUUUAUAUAACUUUUCAGAGUUCUUGUCUUGAUCCAUAGUUUUCAGUAGUUUUAGAUAAAAAAUUUGUUUUAGGCUGUAAAAAGUAAUAUUUUUAUUUUUUCUUCUAGAACUUUAAUAACUAAGCAUAUAAUAAUCUUUAACCACUCUGAAUUUAUAAAUAGGAUCUUCUGCUUCUUCUAAGAGGUUAAAUAUAUCAGUUCUUGAAAAUGAGUAAAUAAAAACUUUAGUUUUCUGUUUACAUUAAAUUUUACAGCAAAUACAUUAUAUUGAAUUUUUUAAUUUUAUAUUUCUUAUUUAUUUAUAAUCAAAUAGCCACUUUUAUAAAAUGUUUCUUAAAAGUUUUAUGACAUUUAUAAAUUUCAAGUUUUAUUCAGUUUAUUAUUUCAUUGGCUUUUAUUUAAUCAAAGAAUCUUUGAUACUGUAUUCUUUUUCUUUUAGACAUACUUGCUACACAUAAUAAAAUUUUAUUUACAGGAUUUCUGCCUUGCAGAUGACCAUAAAGACAUUACAUUUCUUUUUUUAAAUAAAGUUAAUUCAUGACUAAAGAAACUUCAUGAAGAACAUUCUAGAUGAAGCUAAUAAAACUAUUUAUAUAUGAAUUCAAAAUCAAAUUUUAUUGUAUGCAAUAAAGAAAAUAUAUCAUAUAAUGAGUGCAAAAUUUACAAAAUUCACAGCAAAUAAGGAAUGUACGCAGUAAAUUUAAAGUAUAUAACAGAAGAAUGCUGAACUAUCAAUUUACAAGAAUCCAAGUCUGAUUUCAAUGAACACUUCUAAUAAAAUAUUUGUACAAGCUAUAAAUAUCCAGUAUUUUAAUUUGUUCCAAUUUAAAUAAAAUAUUUGUUCAAAUUUUUAAAUAUAAAAGAAUUUUAUAUUUUUAAAUAUAAAAGAAUUUUAUGUCUCUAUUCUGAUUUUAUUCAAAAUGCUUAUUCUUUACAUAAUAUAUCAAAUAAAGAUAUGAAAAGAUAUGAAAAUUGAUAUAAGAUAUGCAGGCAUGGUAUUAGGCGUAAAGUAAUGGAAAGAUAUUCCGUAAAAUGUUUGAAUGCAUCUUAGUGUGGCACAGUGAUAAGCAUUAUUUAAAGUUUAAUUUUAUUAAAGUAAAGUUUCAGGCUUGGUAAAUUUGUGAAAGAAAGUCGGCUUAAUUAAACAAAGCUACAUGGAUGAAGCUGUAUCUUAAGUGCAUUUAUAAAUGGCUUAUACAUUUUCAGGAUGGAUGAGAUUCCAUCGAAGUGGUAGGUUUAUAACUUCUCGUACUAAAGAAAAAGAUGAAAAAGCCAGAAAGAACAGCAAAGAAUUCUAACAUGUAUAUGGAUGUUCAGGCAAAUUUACUGCAAUGGAUUUGUGAGGUAUGCCAAGAAAAUGUCGAAGCAGGCACUUGCUUCUCUCUUCAUGAUAAUAAUUCAUGGCCAUAUCCAGCCUUUGUUGUAAAACAGUUUACGAUCCAUAGAAAAGCUGUAGCUCUCUAUCAUUUAUCAUACUACCUGAUCUAGUUUCUGCAAACUUCUUUCUGUUUAGGAUAUACUAGACAUUCAAAGCCAUAUAAUGAAGAUCCUCCAUGCAGAUUACUGAAAGAAGACUACUCAGUUUUCAGGAACUGUACAGUCACAGUCAAAAAUGCAAAUCAAAUGAUGGACAUUACUUAGAAGGAAUACGAAAAGCAUUUUUUCCAUUUAAGUAUGAUUUUUUUUUUUUUUUUUUUUUUUUGUUUAUGAAUAUAUUUGCAAACAUUAUCAUACCAUGUACAUCAUGCAACUUAAAACUUCAUUUGUUCAUAAGAUUGAGUAAAUAUAUAAUACACAACAGUUGACUGAAAGAUACAGGCUUUAUAACAUUCACUUACAAAGUAAAUGCAGACAUCUCAAUAUAACAAAAAUUGGAUGAAAUCUAUCACAAAUCUAAUAAAAUAAAUAAUACAUUUUAUAAUAAUUACUAUAUAUACAAUGAUAGAUUUUAAGCAAUAUCAAAAUGUUAAACAUCAGAAUUCUAUAAAAGGAUAAAACAUGAAAUAAAUCAUCCAAAAAAUAAAUUUAAUUCUCGAGAAAAAAUUUUCACGUGUUAUGAUAUUUCAUUUUGAUCUAUCAGGAUUAAGUCUAGGUUUGAAACUGAAUUUGUUAUCGAUAAAUUCUAGGAAACAGAUUUCAAAUAAUAAAAUACUCUAAACUUGUAAAUCUCAUUAAAUUGUCUAUGAAAAACUGAUUCUCAAACAAAUAGCCAAUGUAACUCAAAUAAGACUUUCCAACAAAUUUUUACUUUUUAAUUUAAAAUAACAUAGAAUGUCAAAAACAUAGCUAGCUAAUAACUAGAUGUUUUUAAUUCAUAAAACGCUUUGUGAUAUGAGAUGCGACACAAAUAACUGAAACACUAAAAUAUUUAUUACAUAUGGCCCCCUUCUACAAAGCAAAUUAAGAGUACAGCUAACCAAUAGUAAUCAUGAUAAUUUUGGAUAUUUUAACUAUGAUGAUACUGCGCCAAAUAUAAGCCAGCUUUACAAGUAAAUAUUUUUUCCUUUAAUACAAAAGGUAAAUAAAUUUUUUAAAUGCUAGACUAUAUAUAUUACUAAUUUAGUUUUCAGAAGGAUGAUACAAAAAAACAUUGCAAAACUGGGAAUUAAAUACAUUUUAGUGUUUCCUACACAGGCUUGAAAAUUGCUAAUAAUAAUGGGGGAAAAAAAAAAAAAGGCCAUCAGUACAUUUUUUCUCAAUUUCUCAAACGCUUUGACAGAUUUUUCAACAAAUGAAGAUAACAAUUAUACAAAAAAGACAAGAAACAGUUAUUGAAAAAGUUCAGUUUCGAAUUAGAGGAUGAAAAGAAAAUUUCUUGUUAAUUAUUGGUGUCAUCACUAACAAGGAACAAUUUAUUUCACAAAUACACAUUGUCAGAUAUAUCAUAAUGUUUUUAUUUUUAUAAGAAACAGCCGUUCAAUAAAAUUUUGGAUGUUACUUAUGAAACUUCUGGUAUGCCAUUAAUAUUUAAGUGCUAAAUAUUAAUGGCAUACCAGAAAAUAAAAAUAAUAAAAGAAAAAUACAGAGAUCAACAAGAGAAAUAUCCAAAAGACCAAUUAUAAACUGUACGAAUGAAACAUUAGCAGUAAAAAUAUUUGUUCGUCAAUCUGUAAUCAAAUCAAAAAGAAAACAACCAUUUAUAAUCCCCCAAGCAAGUUCAAUAAAUGCAGUAUAAAAAUUUGUAUUUAAAUCAUUCAGAUAAAGGCUACAAUUAUUAUAGUUUGUCUUACAUUGACAGAAACAAAUAAAAUGUCUAUCUCAGAAUUGGCCUGUUAAUUCAAUGAUCCUAGUGCAAUUACAUUAAAAAAACGGAAGAAAAAGCUCUUGUAUACUCUACUGACAGGUAUUGUACAAAUAUCCUCUUCAGAA